UAUGCAGCUGCAGUGAGGCUGAUAACGCUAGAGUACUGCAGGCUAGCUCGAUAUAAGCAUGGUGUUGGUCCCUGGUCUAAACCGACAUCGCCUUGGACUGGGACGCUUGAUUUAGAACCUAGGAUGCCUUUGGGCGUUUGGAGUAUCGAAUUCCAACGGAACACCCCGGCCCGGCUAUUUGGCUUAUCUUCGUACCUUGCGGAUCGCAUACCAAGAGUCGGGACGCUGGUUUCGAAGAUGGAAACCAGGUUUUGCUUGACGAACGUCGACGUCUCGUCCUGUUGCCUAUAUGCAACUAAUUACCGAUAUUCUCGGAAUAUAUAUGUCCAUUCUGGAGGUCAUGUGCUGAUUCUCGUCGCGUUUUUUUCUGUGGAUCACCGCCUCGUUCAUUAUAGCGGACGCUCAAGUACAUUGCGUAGGUCCUCGGCAUCGCAGUCCAUAUGUUACCAAGGCUCCCGAGCCUAUCUUGUGACCAUUGCGCGAACUUACCAUCGUGCCGAUCGCGUCCUUCUGCAUCCCCCACGGACGUACAACCCCUGACUCACCCGCAGCGUCGACGUCACUCUCGAGUGGGUCUCGAGUCCGAUGUCGUCCGUUGUACGCGUAACACUUUGUCCCUCUAAGGUCUAUAUAACCUCGCAGGGAGUCUGGCAAUCAUCCAGAGCACUCUUCAAGCGUUUAUUCUUUCUCGAUCAACCAUCUACUAUAUCAUGAGCAACGCAACGUACACCUCCUUUGCUAUCUUCGGCGCCGGAGGCCAGAUUGGCAAGUUCAUCACCGAGGCUCUCGUCGCCAAGGGCGCCAACAUCCUCAUCCUCACCCGCCCCUCGUCCAAGACAUCCGCCGCCCCGGGCACGCAGCUCGAGCGCGUGGACUACACCGACGUGGGCGCAGUGGCGGCCGCGUUCAAGAAGCACCGCGUCGAAGUCGUGGUUUCUGCCGUGGGCCUCGAGCCGCAGGCGCUGGACUCGCAGGAGACGAUCGCGCGCGCGGCGGCGCAGGCGGGCGUGCAGCUGUUCGUGCCGUCCGAGUAUGGCAACCCGACGUAUGGAGCCAAGGAAGGGCUGUGGGGGAAGAAGAGCCGGGUGGUUGAGUUGCUGAAGGAGCUCAAGAUGCCGUUCCUCUGUCUUUACGCUGGAGUCUUCACCGAGUACCUCCCCGGGCUGCUCUGCGUCGACUCUGGAAAAUGCCUGAUCGCGGGAGAAGGCAAGACGCCGUUCUCCACAACUUCCAUGAGCGAGAUCGGAGGCUACCUCGCGUUCGUCCUAACCACCCUCCCGCCGUCACAGCUCUCCGACCGCUUCCUGCGCAUCGAAGGCGACCGCGGCUCUUUGCACGACUUCGCCGUGAGGCUCUUCGCGGACAAGGUGCCCGUCGUCGAGCACGUCGCCGUGCUCCCCGCCGCGAGCGCGCCGCACGCGGAGUUUCUCGCGUUCUUGCACCGGGAGUUUGAUUCAGGCUCGGGCGACUCGCGCUGGGACUGUGUGUCGGGUAAGAGGAUCGAGGGCGCGGAGGGGAAUCAUAAUGCGCUGUGGGAGGGGCACAAGUGGAGGGAUGCGAGGGAGGUGCUUGGGCUUUGAGGCUGAGGCCGAGGGAUUGGCUGCGUAAAUUGUGCAGAGCAUUAACGGUGCUGCGUGUUCUUACUUCGGAAAUUGAUGGCAAAACGUGCUUUCCC